UGCUACUCUUGAGGUUUUUACUCUAGAUCGAGUAAAACAAGAAAACAUUAGUGAUAGUAAAAUUAAUAAGAUUAAAAUGGAUAUUAAAGAACUGAUAAAGGCAGUUAAAGAACUCACCAGUAAUAAUCUGUCUUCUAAACGAUCUUGUCCAAGAAGCUUAAGCCUUAUAGGUCCUCAAAGAAUGAAUGAUAAUAACCAAAAUGAACAGAGAAAUGCAGGAAAUGAAGAUGUUGAAGUGAUAGGGGCAAACAUCUAG